AUGUCGAAGAUGUCCAAAACAUGCUGGGACCUCAUUACCUUCAACGAGGAAGAGGAUCCGCUAAUUAUUCUGGCAUACAUCUCCAACUUCGAUGUUGAACGUAUCUUGGUGGACACCGGUAGCUCCGUGAGUGUUAUGUUCACAGAAGCCUUCAACGAACUUCAGGUCCCUGACCACCUGCUUGACCGAAGCAUCAUGCCUCUUGCAAGCUUUUCUGGCGAUGUUGUCCAACCCCUUGGAAGCAUCCACCUCCCCAUUUCAAUCGGUUCAGCACCCCAGCUGGUCACGGUUACCACUCUUUUGAUUGCCCCAUGGCUUACAACGUCAUCCUUGGACGCCCAAUCUUAG